CCCACGGCUCCCACGUUACACCACUGUGCCCCAGCCCCACUCGGCUGCGCUGUCGGCUUCAAGAUUCAAAGCUCAUCCGAAAAUCCCCUCCGCAUUAAAUUAAAACUAAUUUUUUUUUUUGAAAACAAAUUUUAGUAACAACCGAAUUAUAAUCAUAGCUUUAAGCUACUGUUCCAUGCAUGAAUCAGCAUACGACAGCAGAUGAAUAAUUUGACGCAAAUCGAACUGAUUUUCCGGAGUGGUGAGAAAAACAGCCACUAGGUUGUCGUGUUCUUGGAGAUCGAUAAUCUUUAUCUUUCCAAAACCCAAUUUCUUUCCUUUUUUUUUUUUUUUGGGUUGUCUCUUUCUGUUUCUAUAUCCACCCCCCCUUAUGGCUGAUGCAUAUGCAUGUAUAAUGUAUCUAUGUAUCACCGGAGAAAUUUCCAAUAAAAUAGAAGAAUUCCUGUGAGGGUUAAAGAAUAAAUCUGGGGUUUACUUGUUCAGAGACGAGAAUCCUUUUGAGUGGAUAAAGUCGCAGUCUUGGAGAAGUUGUGGAAGAUUGAAGAUAAAGGAAAGUGCACAUUCGGGAAUUAAAAAAAUCUCGAGACUGAAAAAGGGAAAGAACAGAAGAUCGCCCGAGAUCGAAUUGCCGGAAACAGCGGAAUGGCGACGGCGGCGGAGCCACCGAACGGAAUUUGGGCGCCGGGGAAGCAUUAUUACAGAAUGUGGCAAACAGUGUUUGAAGUGGAUACAAAGUACAUUCCGAUCAAGCCCAUAGGUAGAGGGGCAUAUGGGGUUGUGUGUUCGUCGGUGAACAGGGAGAGUAAUGAGAAAGUGGCAAUCAAGAAGAUCAAUGAUGUGUUCUCCAAUAGAAUUGAUGCCCUGAGGACUCUAAGGGAGUUGCAGCUUCUGCGCCACAUUAGGCACGAGAAUGUGAUCGCUUUGAAGGACGUUAUGAUGCCGGUUCAUAGGAGAAGUUUCAAGGAUGUUUAUUUGGUUUACGAGUUGAUGGAUACUGAUCUGCAUCAUAUCAUCAAGUCGUCUCAGACGCUCUCCAAUGAUCACUGCAAAUAUUUUCUUUUCCAGCUGCUUCAAGGUUUGAACUAUCUCCACUCGGCUAACAUUCUGCACCGGGACUUGAAGCCAGGGAAUCUCCUCGUGAAUGCCAACUGCGAGCUGAAGAUAUGUGAUUUUGGAUUAGCUAGAACGACCCGGGACAAUGGGCAGUUCAUGACUGAAUAUGUAGUCACUCGAUGGUAUCGAGCACCAGAGCUACUUCUUUCGUCUGAUAAUUAUGGAACCUCCAUUGAUGUGUGGUCUGUUGGAUGCAUAUUUGGCGAGAUUCUUGGCCGGAAACCCCUCUUUCAAGGCUCCGAGUGCCUCAACCAGCUUAAACUCAUCAUCAAUGUUCUCGGUACCCAACCCGAAGCUGAUCUCCGGUUUAUAGACAACUCGAAGGCCAAGAAAUUCAUUCGAUCCCUCCCAUUCUCCCGAGGAAUCCACUUCUCUUCUCUGUUCCCCCAGGCCGAUCCUUUGGCAUUAGACUUGUUGCAGCAGAUGCUUGUUUUUGAUCCAUCAAAACGAAUCACGGUUGCAGAAGCUCUCCAUCACCCUUACCUGUCGGACCUUUACGAUCCCCUUAAUAGCCCGCCUGCUUGCUUUCCUCUAAAUCUUGACAUUGAUGAGAGCAUUGGAGAACCAGUGAUUAGAGAGUUGAUGCUGAGAGAGAUGCUUUAUUACCAUCCCGAAGCUGCUUACGCAAACGCAUUUUACUAAUUUUUUUUAAUUCAAGAAGAUGAAUAAGAAGAAGCCUGGAUAUAUGAGGAGCAGAAGAGGAUUCUCUUAUCAAUCUCAGCAAUUUUAGGACUUUGAAUGCAUCAUUGGAUGAUUCUGUUUGUCUUAGUGCUUGUUCUUGUGAUUUUUUUUUAAUCUAUGCCUUGUGUUAACGGCACAAUCGUAAUGAGUUUCAUUCUUAGUCAGUGAAUGUCUGAGAACAUAUGCCAUGUUCUGUUGUAAUUCAUAGUUUUUGUAAUGACAGAUCAAUCUCUAACAUGUUAUUAAUGAGUAAUUUUUACUUCAGAUUAUGACCA